AUGCAGUUUAUGAUUUUGGCCGCUGUUUCUGCCGCCGUGGUAUUCGCCGCUUAUGAUGACCUCCCGAAGCCAGCUGACCCAUACCAAGCACCAGGUUACGAGCCAGAGACACAAAAGGUACUAGAACUACAACAGAGAUAUCCAGCCAGUAACUUUUUUUCUCACUUAUUCAGGAUUGUCCGGAUAAGUACGCCAAAAUCAUCACUCAACUUCGUGCCGAUCUCGGAAAGGACGUCUCCAGCAUCAAGUUCACCAACCAACUCGGAACCCGUGUCCAGAAGGCGUUCGGAACUGCUCAUGAGGUUAUGAUGGCUCCAAGUGCUCCAACUCUCAAGACCAACUUCAACGGAACCAUCUGCCGUGAGGCCUCCAUCGAUGGUUUCCACUACAUCGUCUACCCAAGCCCAGGACAGGUCAGUUUGCGGAACUAUUUCACAAAAACUUUCAAUACACCUGAAAACAUUAAAAACCCAACAAUAAUAAUAAUAAUUUCAGUACGACCUCGCCAACCCAGCUCUCGAGGAAUACUUUGAGAAGUUUGCUGAAUUUGCAGCACUUGGAAAGGCCGCCAACAUCGCCGACAUUCCAAAGGACCCAAGAAUCUUGUAA